AUGUCUGGCGCAAUUCCCACUUCCACCUCCGUCCACGAGUCGGCCGUCAUCGAGGCCCAUCCCAGCAAAGUCUGGCACCUCAUCAAGCUCCAGGACUUCAGCAAGUUCUGGAGCAAGCUCGAGAAGAGCGAGUGGGUCAAGGGCGCAUCGGAGGAGACUGAUAUCGUCAAGUGGUCAUUCAAGGAUGGCACCACCCUCGAGGUGAAGCAAGAGGAGCAUUCGACCAUCGACCACUUCAUCACAUACAGUGUCAUCUCUGCCCAGCCUGCCCUCAGCUACACGAGCGUCGUCAGCACCAUUAGGCUAUACCCGGUCACGUCCGGCAAGCACGAGGGUCACACUUUCGUCACAUGGACUGGAAACUUCUCUAGCGACGCUGAUGCUGGCGUCAUCGAGGAUGCUAAGUUCAAGCGCCGCGAGGCACUUGCUGAUUUGGCCAAGGCUGCUUCCCAA